AUGGGUGGGGGCAUGCUUUCCGAGCCUUUCCAUGCUGAUCUUCAACCUGCAGGAGGGCCAUUUGUGAAGGAGCUCAUUAGUGCUUUGGUGCUCUUGGCGCAGCAGCGCUUUGAGAAGCAGGAGGGACAAGCGGCGCAAUGCGAAUCACUGGUGCCGCUGCUGAGGUACUACUUUGCUGAAGGCAAUCUGAAAGAGGAACAUUUGCAAACACAUCUCAAAAGCUUUGAGGACUUGGCUAUGUGUUGCGCGCAUUUGCGUGCAUUGAGAUACCAGUGGUCUGAAAUUGCCCAUCAAGAUGUUGAUUCCUUGCUAGCUGUGCAAGAACGUCAUCAAAAGA